AUGAGGAGCCUUGCCACUGGCUUGCCAAAGCGAUGUAGAUAUGCGCCUCGAAGACAACUCCCCAGGGAGGUGUCUCACGGAACCUGCCUGACGCGACAGCAACCCAUCAGCAACCACAUACAGGUACGGCAUGCUUCAACCAAGCCUCAUCGGCCUCGGACAGCCAUAUUCUUUCCCGGCCAGGGAGUUCAAAGAGUUGGCAUGCUCACACCAUGGCUAGAAGCAUUUCCUGCGACUGCAAAGCCGGCUGUUGAAGAGAUUGACCAUCUCCUGGGUUACAAACUCUCCACUAUCAUUGAGGAGGGUCCCAAUAGUCUCCUUACUGCGACCGGCAAUGCACAACCUGCUAUCAUGGCCUCUUCCCUUUUGAUACUCCGAAUAUUGGAACGCGAAUUUGGGUUUCAGACGGCGGAGCGGGUAGACGUGACAUUAGGGCACUCGUUAGGCGAGUUCGCUGCUCUAGUUGCUGGGGGCUUUGUACAAUUUGAGGACAGCUUGUACUUGGUACGCAAGAGAGCGGAACUUAUGGCGGAAAGUUCACAGAAAGCGCGAGAGGAAUUCGGCGGGGAUUAUGGGAUGAUAGCUCUGGUCACGGAGCCGAAUCAUUUGGCGUCCUUGAUCGAUUCGAUACACGAAUUUCUAGGUUAUCACAGCGCAGGAUCCAAGUCAGAAAGCGCGUUGGAUGUGCCGCCGAUUCAGCAAGUUCUGAUUGCAAACAUUAACAGCAAGAAUCAGAUUGUCCUUAGUGGAAACAUUGCGGCAAUUAAGCAACUUUUAACACAUAUCCGACAGUUCGGAGGACACGAUCCAAGAGCUGUACGAUUAAAGAGUGACAGUCCAUUCCACAGUCCGCUGAUGAAACCAGCGGCAACCGCCAUGAGAAAGCUACUAGAUGGUAAAAGCAGAGUCAAGGGUAAAGAAGAUCAAGACAUUGUUACAUUCCCGGGAAAGAUGGAAUGUAUCAGCAAUGUUAGUGCUAGGCCUUUCACGGGUGCAGAAGACCUCAAAGACCUUUGGGCAAGGCAAUGUGUAGAGACCGUUCGCUGGUGGGAUUCGAUAAAGUACCUUGAUCAGGAGCAGAAAGUUCGUCGAUGGAUAGGAAUAGGACCGGGAAAGGUUGGUAGAAAUUUAGUCGGAAAAGAGGUUGGGAUGCGGGGACGAGACGUAGUAAAGGGCGGAGGUGUAUGGGGUAUCAGCGAUCCGAAAGAGAUCGAGGAGAUGCUGAAAGCUCUCGAUGACACGGAGAAUAUUAGAGAUGAUGAGUAG